AUGCCGCCCAAAAACAGAAAGCAGAAGGAAAUCGUCCAGGACGAGCGGCUCCAGGCCAUCGUGCUCACGGACUCCUUCGAAACCAGGUUCAUGCCGCUCACGCUGGUCAGGCCGCGCUGCCUCCUCCCCUUAGCCAACGUGCCCUUGAUCGACUACACGUUGGAGUUUUUGGCCAAGGCCGGCGUCAACGAGGUGUACUUGAUGUGCUCGUCGCACGCGGACCAGAUCCAGCAGUACAUCGAGCAGCUGCGGUGGGCGCACAACUCGCUCUUCUCCGUGACCACGGUCAUGAGCUUGGAGCUGCGGUCCGUGGGCGACGCCAUGCGCGACUUGGACAACCGCGGCAUCAUCACCGGCGACUUCCUCUUGGUGUCCGGCGACGUGGUGACCAACAUCGACUUCCUGAAGGCCAUGGCGUUCCACAAGGCCAAGAAGGCCGCGGACAAGGACCACAUCGUGACCAUGGUGCUCACGGAGGCCAGCCCCAUGCACCGCGCGCGGUCGCCGCUCGACCCGCUGGUGUUUGUGCUUGACAGCGUCAGCCAGCGCUGCCACUACUACCAGGGCAUUGCGCCCGCGGAGGGCAAGAGGUCGCAGAUCACCAUCGACCCGGAGCUCUUGGACGACAUCGAGCACGACUUUGUCAUCCGCAACGACCUCAUCGACUGCUGCGUGGACAUCUGCUCGCCGCACGUGCCGCAGAUCUUCCAGGAGAACUUCGACUACCAGACGCUCCGCGGCGACUUUGUGCGCGGCGUGUUGACCUCGGACUUGCUCAAGAAGACCAUCUACGCCUACACCACGCACGAGUCCGAGUACGCGGCGCGUGUGGAGAGCUGGGCCACGUAUGCGGCCGUGGCGCAGGACGUGCUUGCACGCUGGUGCUACCCGUUGACGCCCGACGCCAACAUGGUGGAGAACACCUCGUACAAGUACGAGUUCAACCACAUCUACAAGGAGGAGAAGGUGGUGUUGGCGCAGUCGUGCCGCAUCGGCAACAGCACGUGCAUCGGCGCCAGCACCGCGGUGGGCGCCAGCACGGCGAUCGCCAAGUCCGUGAUUGGCCGCCACUGCCGCAUUGGUGCCAACGUGGUCAUCAAAAACUCGCACAUCUGGGACCACGCGGUCAUCGAGGACAACGCGGUGGUGGACAACGCCAUAGUGGCCAGCCACGCGGUCAUCAAGGCCGGCGCGGCGCUCGCGCCGGGCUCCGUGAUCGGCUUCAAUGUCGUCGUGGGCGAGGGCCAGUUCGUGCCGCCGGCCACGCGCAUCAUCGACAAGCACUUGGAGAAGGACAGUGUGUUGUGCGCCUCUUUCGAUAGCGACGCCAGCGACGAAGAGCCGGCGCACGUCGCGGCGCACGCCAACGCCAACGACACCGAGUUGGUGGGCGACGAUGGCACCGGCGUCUUGUACAUGUCCGAGCGCGACCUUGACGACGAGUCCGAGCUGGAGAACAACUCCGUGUCGAACUACUCCGGCGUCAUGUACCAGCUCAGUUCGCUCAACGUGUCGGACGAGUCGAUCGCGUCGCUCACCCGCCGCAAGACGCGCCGGGCCAUGCGCCGCAACUCGCGCAACAGCAGACGGAUGUCUGCCACGCUGAUGAUGUCCACGGACUACGAGGGCGGGGCGUUUACCGAGGAAGAGGAGGACGAGGAGGACUUCAACAAGGAGGCCAUCGCGACCGUGGAGAGGGCGAUGGAGAACAACCACGACAUCGACACGGCGUUGUUGGAGCUCAACACGUUGCGGAUGUCCAUCAACGUCACGUACCACGAGAGAGUGGUGCACUUCAUAUCGACCGACACCUUGAACGCCAAGGACGCGGCCGUCAAGGUGUUUGGCGACUGGGGCGCGUUGUUCGAGAGGCAGGUGUUCAACGGGGACGAGCAGGUGGACUUGGCCCAGAUUGUACAGGACACCUGUGUCACGCUAGACCCGGAGCAUGGGCCAGUCUUGCUUUUUAUUGCUCUUCGGCAGCUCUACGAGCUCGACAUCAUUGACGAGGACAACCUCUUGAGAUGGUGGGAGUCCGAGCUGUCGGCCGCCAGUGAGGGUUUGCUCAGGGUGCGCAAGUUGACGAGCCAGUUCAUCGAGUGGCUCCGCGACGCGGAGGAGGAGAUGCUUUGCGGACUGGUUCGAAAUUCAGAAGAAUCAAAAUACCGCUCACAGGGCACCCCGCACGUCUCAAUUGAGCAGUAUGAGAUUUUUGAGGGCUUGUCUCUAGUGCUCUCUCUUGAAUAUUUUAUUUUGCGACAUGCCCUCAGAAUUAUACCCCAUAUUCCUGUAGCAGAGCAUUUAUUAUCGAAAGGUUUCGUCUCAUCAAUUCGAUCAAUUCGACAUCUUUUUGCAUUGCAGUAUAUCUCAUUGAGUCAUGAUGGCACGCGGAUGGCACAUGUUCGGAGACGUACCAUAAACUCAGCUAAUGUAAAAUUGCUAAUUCAGUUUUUCAAGCUUCGUGAGCGCUUUAAAAUGUCUUCUUUUCAAAUGAGAGAAUGCCAACUUGAUACUUGUUCUUCAUAUCUGAUCGCACUCAAAUUUGACUUCCUGAUUGUAUAUGCCAUCUUCAGCGGUGGCUUUGCUGUGGGCAUUUGA